AUGGAGAAGCCUGUACAGCCGUCUCUCGAUCUCGAGGCUAGCCCUUCACAGGAGAAAUCUAGAGAAUCGGGCCUCACGCGACGAUGGAAGCAGACAGUAGAUCCCGCCUAUGCCGACCUGGUCUGUAUCUUGCUCUGUUUCUUGACAGGAUUAUGCGACAGUAGUGCAUACAAUGCCUGGUCCUGCUUCUUGGGCAUGCAAACUGGUAAUACUGUUUUCCUUGGUCUUGGCGCCUCAAAUCAACCUACUACCAAGCCCUGGGGCUGGCUGAAAUCCCUUUGCUCAAUUGCGUCCUUCGUCACUGGCGCGUUCUUUUUCAACUUCACCAUGCGAUCCAUCGGACCCCUCCGUCGCGGUACUCUGUUCCUCUCUUUCUUUGCCCAGGUCUGCUUGAUUAUCAUUGCCGUUGCUCUGAUCCAGGCCGAUCUGAUUCCGCACACUUCAAGCGAUGCCUCCCUUGACCAUGGUCCUCUUUUCUUGGAGCUCAUCCCUAUUGCGCUCUUGGCAUUCCAAUCAGCUGGCAGCAUGACUAGCAGUCGACUCCUUGGAUAUAACGAGAUCCCUACGAUCGUGCUGACCAGUGUAUACUUCGAUAUUGCCACAGAUGACAAACUCUUGGCUGCGCCCACGGCUAACGCGAAGCGAAACCGUCGCAUAGGAGGUGUGGUCGCAUUGCUGGUUGGUGCUAUCGCUGGUGGUUGGUUGAGUCGUAGCAGUGGUGGUAUGGAAUCUGCGCUCUGGAUGGCAGCAGGCUUCAAGUUCUUCAUCUCCUUUGGCUGGUUCUUCUGGAAGUCCAAGUAG